AUGGAUGGCGUAGAGAUUGUUUCAAAAGAAACUCCAGAUGGUUCAAGUGAAGUAGUGUCUUCAGUAAAACUUGUCCUAUCUCGAUGGGAUCUCGAAGGAAGACUUGAAUGUCGAGUUGAGAGUGAAGCAGUUCCGACUCCAAUGUUAAUAUGGGUGAAGCUGGACGUCCAUGUAAAACCAAUAUCUCUGCGUGUGAGAGGUCCAACUACACCCGUUGUAGCAGGAGAGAUGGUAUCUCUGACGUGCACCGUAGAAGGCGCGCGACCACCAUCUGAUAUCAAGUGGUUCAAUAGAUCUCUUGAAGUGAUGCCCCAACCACCUGCCUCAAGAGAUCUUAUGAGUGAUGCCACUUGGAGGACAUCAUCUACUCUAGUAUUUAUCGCCUCUCGCCACGACCACCAGGGGGAAUUCCGGUGCCAGGGAGGGAACGAUGUGCAGAGACAUUUGGAAAAAGACCCUCUUCUUCAUGCUGUAAUGCUCGAUGUCCUGUAUCCACCGUUUGUGUCGGCCGAACCUUCACGAGGACUGAGUGUUAACGAAAGUGGAGAGGCAAUUCUCAAUUGCAGCUUCAGCGCAAAUCCACCGAAUGUCACUGAAAUUGCCUGGUACAAAAAUGGAGUACCACAAAGCUUUAGUGCCGCAACUUCGACUCCGAGUUCUUUGUUAACAUUGAAGAAUAUUUCCAGAAAAGACGCUGGUUCCUAUUCUUGUCACGUGAGGAAUGCAUUCGGAAGGGGAAACUCCAGUAAUUCCAUUAACCUCAAUGUCUUAUAUCCGCCAGAAGUUAACAUAAGCGUCCAUCCUGCUGUAGCAACAGAACAGUCAAACGUAGUCUUAUCUUGCCAACCCACUAAUGGGAAUCCUUUAGUGUUGAUUUCCGUGCAAUGGUACCAUAAUGGGAAGUUGUUAGCGGACCAAAGUACAGGAGACAGUCAGCUUACUAUUCAAAACUUAACAAGGCACCAAAGUGGGAAAUAUGCUUGUAGAGGACAGAACUCGGCUGGUUGGAGUCACAACUCAAAACCUCAGUUCCUCGACAUUCACUAUCCCCCAGGACCAGCUCAGCUAACCCUAAACGAACUGACUCCACUUAAAGGUGGUAGCAUUAGUCUUUUUUGUCAGAUGGAAGACCCAGUUGCACCAACGUUCGUCAGGCCACUACCAGCGGUUAGCGGUGCACCACGCAAUGCGUCAUCAGUUCGACUAGUCUGCCACGUGGAAUGUACACCCCUGUGCAAUAUAAGUUGGUACAGAGAUGGUCAACCUUUGCAGGAUUCAAAAUUUUUCGUUCAGGAAAAUCUCUCCCUAGAAGAAGAUCGAAAACGAAAUCUACUUCCUUCCAUAGUCGGCAGUUUAUCCUGGUCUCCUAGUCACUUGCCUCACAGCCGGUUUGACUCUAGUACAUUUAGCUGUCGAAGUUCAGAGAAUACGGUUGGUCCAGGUGUAAACAGUUCCACUAUUUUUCGAAUAGAACAUGCUCCAGAGGAUGUCAGACUAUCUUCCGCUUCCAUGGAAGUGACGGAAGGGGAGCAUGCCCCCAGGGAAGUGACGUGCACUGCUUCCGCCCAUCCUCCGGGACACUUCCUGUGGACGAGGGGGGACAGCGUGGUGUCCCACUCGUCCUCCCUGCGCCUGAAUGCCUCCAGAGAGAUGGCGGGAAACUACUCUUGCACAGUCUGGAAUGAACACGGCCGGAUGAGCAAGCGAUUUGAAUUCAGAGUGAAACGUAAGUCUUUGGCUUCAAUUGAUUCCCCUUUCAUCCAAAGUGUGGAUGGUCAGUCAUCCAAAGCCGAUUUAAUUGAUGCUAUGUUGUGA